UUCAAAUAAGAACACUUUCAAUCGUGAAACCGUACCUCAUUUGAUAAAGACAACACUGCAAACCCAACAAAUCAUUUUAAACAAAAACACAGAUUGCUUUCCCUUUUUUAUCCUAACAACCGCCGUCAGCGCCACGGUCACAACCACCGCAAACAACCAAUUCGCACCUUAUAAGUUAUAACCCACUAAAGUUCUUAUGUAAAAACCCAAACUUUCCCUUUGAAAAACAAUAAUUUUUUUUUUGUGUUUUUGCUUCCUGAUGUGCAGAUCUAAAAAAAGCACAGAUGUAAUCCGACCAAGAUCAUCAAAUUCAAAAGGACCAUCUUUUUCACCUUCAUCUCAAAAACCCAAAACCUCGAAAUCUUCAUCUUCUUUGUCUCAACCAUCUUCCUCCACUUCCAUAUCCAACAAUUCAGUCCUUUCUUCGGGCUACUUCGAUAAGAAUUCUUCAUAUUACAACUCAUUUUCAACCCAAGCCUCCAAAAAUCUCUCAUCUAUCAGAGAUUCUCUCCCUGAAAAUCCCCAUAUCUAUGAUUUCUCAGACAUAUGCUCGGCCACCAAUAACUUCCGGUCGAACCGGUUUUCAUCUUCUUCGGCUUCGUCUUCAUGGCUUUGUAACCUUCAAGGUAAACAAGUUGUCAUUUUCCAAAGGAAAAUGAGACGUCCGAUUGAGUUAGCUGACUUGGUUCACAAGUUAUCAGUGAUUUGUAGGAGCCACCAUAGUAGCUUGAUCAAGCUUUUGGGUGUUUCCUUAUCAGGGAAUUAUGUUUAUCUUGUCUAUGAAUAUGUACAUGGAGUUAACCUUAGGGAUUGUUUGAGAAACCCCAAGAACCCAAGUUUUACUGUACUUUCUUCUUGGAUUUCUCGUAUGCAAAUUGCUGCUGAUAUUGCUUCUGGAUUGGAUUAUAUUCACCAUUGUUCAGGUCUUGAAACUAGCUUCACUCACAACCAUAUAAAGAUCACAAGUAUCAUAGUAGCUGAAGGUUCAUUAAUGGCUAAAAUUUGCCAUUUUGGCACUGCUGAAUUAUGUGGGGAAGUGACAAAAGAUGAGGAAUCAUCAAAAACUCUAGGAAGAUCAAAGAGUAAAGUUAUGAAAAUUGAAGGAACAAGGGGUUACAUGGCACCUGAGCUUCAAUUCACUGGUUUAGUGACUCAGAAAUGUGAUGUUUAUGCAUUUGGGGUUGUGAUUCUGGAGCUGUUGAGUGGAAAGGAAGCUUUGAAGUUCUUGGUUGAUGAAGAAAGUGGAGGGUACCAAAGAGUGAGUGUUAUAGACACUGCUAGGGAGGCUGCAGCCGGUGGCAUUGCAGGGGUGAGGACUUGGAUAGAUAGGAGGUUGAAGGACUCUUUUCCUGUGGAUGUAGCUGAGAAGAUGGUGUUGGUGGCAUUGGAAUGUGUCGAGGAAGAUCCAAAGAAAAGGCCUGAUAUGGACAAAGUUGCAGGGCAAGUUUCAAAGUUGUAUUUGGACUCUAAGAAUUGGGCUGAUAAUAUUGGUUUGCCUACUGAUAUAUCUGUCUCAAUAGCUCCAAGGGAUAGUUGUUUGGAAUUUGAUGUAUUAUAUUCGAAACUCUUUGGUAUUUAAGAUCUUUCUCAACUUGUGAUCUUCAAUGAAACUUCAUACUAAAGACUCACUGUUUGUCUCAUUGUCUUGUCCCGAAAUUAAUGGAGUGCAGACGGUUCUUAGGAAUUGAUCUAA